AUGAAUCCUGCUAAAUCCUUAUUGAAAUCAGUAUUAAUAUUACCUCUCUCCCUUCUUUUCCCAAUUUGCGUUUCCCUUGAUACCAUAACACCAGACCAGCCCAUCAAGGAUGGUCAAACUCUAGUCUCAAACCAAAAAACCUUUACACUUGGAUUUUUCAGCCCUGGCAAUUCCAACCGCCGCUACGUUGGAAUUUGGUAUUACCAAAUUACCGAACAAACCAUUGUGUGGGUUGCAAAUAGAGACAAUCCCCUCAAUGAUAGCUCGGGAAUCCUAUCCAUCAACAGUCACGGAAACCUUGUCCUCCACACCCAAAAUCAAACCCUUCCUAUUUGGUCCACGAAUAUUGCUUCAGUCUCAUCAACAAACUAUUCUAUCUCUAUGGCUCCGCUCUUAGAUGUUGGAAAUCUUGUUUUGGUUCAACAACAUAGCCAAAGGUUCUUAUGGCAAAGCUUUGAUUAUCCCACCAAUACUAUUCUUCCUUUUAUGAAACUUGGGCUGGACCGGCAGACUGGGUUGAGUCAAUACUUAACAUCUUGGAAGUCUAAAGAUGACCCGAAAACAGGUAAGUACUCAUAUAAAAUUGACCCAAUUGGGUACCCCCAGUUGUUGUUAUACAAGGGUCAAACUCCAUUGUGGCGGGCUGGAUCUUGGAGUGGCCAAGGAUUGACCGGUGUACCAGAAAUGAAAUCUAAAUUAUAUAAUUCCGACGUGAAUGUUAGUUUUGUGAAUAAUAAAGACGGAAUCACCAUUAUGUAUAGUAUAACUGAGCCCGAUAUUUACUCUAAAAUUAUUUUUGUCUUAGGUGAAUCAGGAACAUUUGGGAGGUACACUUGGGGUGAUGGUAAAUGGGUUAGGUUUUGGUUCAACCCAAAAGAGUCAUGCGAUAUAUAUUUAAGUUGUGGUCCAAAUAGUUAUUGUGACCCAUAUAAGGGGGAGGAGUUUGACUGCACGUGCUUACCCGGGUUCAAACCCAAGUCACCUCUUGAUUGGAGCAUUAGAGAUGGGUCAAGUGGGUGUGUACGGAACCAAGGGGUGUCCACUUGUAAGAGCGGAGAAGGGUUCAUCAAGUUGGCAUGUGUGAAGGUGCCCGAUACUUCAAUAGCACAUGUAGACAUGAGUUUAAGUUUGAAAGAGUGUGAGCAGGAGUGCUUAAGGAAUUGUUCUUGUAUGGCUUACACAAGUGCAGAUGAGAGUGAGGAAGGGAUUGGAUGCUUGACAUGGCACGGGGACUUGGUCGACAUAAGAACAUUUUCUAAUGAAGGACAAGAUUUAUACAUACGCGUGGAUUCGAUUGUACUAGCUCAAUAUGCCAAGAAAAAUGGUAUUGCUCGAAAAACAAGGAUUGCCUGUAGUUUACCAAACUUAGAAGACUCUACAAGUAGAAGGGACCUUGAUGGAACUAGAACAGAUUCAAAUUUGCCAGUAUUUGAUCUCAAAAACAUUAUUGCAGCCACAGAUAAUUUCUCAGUUGCUAACUUGCUUGGUAAAGGUGGCUUUGGCUCAGUAUAUAAGGGUUUGCUACAAAAUGGAAUGGAAAUAGCUGUGAAAAGACUAUCAAAAAACUCAAGACAAGGAAUAGAACAGUUCAAAAAUGAAGUUGUGCUAAUUGCUAAACUCCAACAUAGGAACUUGGUGAGAAUUUUAGGUUGUUGUGUUCAAGGAGAAGAGAAGAUGUUAAUUUAUGAGUAUUUGCCAAACAAUAGUUUGGACUCUUAUAUUUUUGAUGGAACAAAAAGCUCAUGGUUAGAUUGGGGAAAGAGAAUUGAGAUUAUUUGUGGAAUUCCUCGAGGAAUCUUAUAUCUUCAUCAAGACUCAAGAUUAAGAAUUAUCCAUAGAGAUUUAAAGGCUAGCAAUGUUUUACUUGACACUGCAUUGAAUCCAAAAAUUUCAGAUUUUGGAAUGGCUAGAAUCUUUGGAGGGGACCAAAUUGAAGCCAAUACAAAUUGUGUAGUUGGAACGUUCGGUUAUAUGUCACCCGAGUAUGCAAUGCAAGGAUUAUUUUCAAUAAAAUCCGAUGUAUUUAGUUUUGGGGUGUUGCUAUUGGAGAUCAUUACUGGCAAAAGAAACACCAACUAUUAUCAUAAUGGUCCUUCCUCAAAUUUGAUUGGACACAUUUGGGACCAAUGGAAAGAAGGAAAAGCCAUGCAAAUAGUUGAUCCAUCACAAGGUGAGACAUACCCUGCUAAUGAAGUAUCAAGAUGCAUUCAGAUUGGGCUUUUGUGUGUGCAAGAACAUGCAACAGAUCGACCGACCAUGUCAGCAGUUGUUUUCAUGUUGAGUAAUGACACACCCCUUCCUUCACCAAAGCAACCUGCGUUCAUUUUCAAGAGUGCCAGCAAUACUAAUGACCAAACAACUAUUGAAGGGGCUAAUUCUAUAAAUGAAAUAACAAUUACUAAAAUAGAUGUAUUGCUAUUACUUCUCUCCCUUCUUUUCCCAAUUUGUGUUUCCCUUGAUACCAUAACACUGGACCAGCCCAUCAAGGAUGGUCAAACUCUAGUCUCAAACCAAAAAACCUUUGCACUUGGAUUUUUCAGCCCUGGCAAUUCCAACCGCCGCUACGUUGGAAUUUGGUAUUACCAAAUUACCGAACAAACCAUUGUGUGGGUUGCAAAUAGACACAAUCCCCUCAAUGAUAGCUCGGGAAUCCUAUCCAUCAACAGUCACGGAAACCUUGUCCUCCACACCCAAAAUCAAACCCUUCCUAUUUGGUCCACGAAUAUUGCUUCAGUCUCAUCAACAAACUAUUCUAUCUCUAUGGUUCAGCUCUUAGAUGUCGGAAAUCUUGUUUUGGUUCAACAACAUAGCCAAAGGGUCUUAUGGCAAAGCUUUGAUUAUCCCACCAAUACUAUUCUUCCUUUUAUGAAAGUUGGGCUAGAUCGGCAAACUGGGUUAAGCCGAUACUUAACAUCUUGGAAGUCCCAAGAUGACCCGAAAAUAGGUAAGUACUCAUUUAAACUCGAUCCAAUUGGGUGCCCCCAAUUGUUGUUAUACAAGGGUCGGACUCCAUUGUGGCGGGGUGGAACUUGGAGCAACCAAGGAUUGGCCGGUGUACCAGAAAUGAAAUCGAAAUUAUAUAUUUCCCUCAUGAAUGUUAGUUUUGUGAAUAAUCAAGAUGAAAUCACCAUUAUGUAUAGUAUAAUUGAGCCCAAUGAUUACUCUAAAAUUAUAUUUGUCUUAGGUGAAUCAGGUACACUUGGGAUGUACACUUGGGACAAUGGUAAAUGGGUCAAGUUAUGUUACCCAAAAGAGUCAUGCGAUAUAUAUUUAAAGUGUGGUCCAAAUAGUUACUGUGACCCAUACAAUGGGGAUGAGUUCGAUUGCGUGUGCUUACCCGGGUUCGAACCCAAGUCACCUCUUGAUUGGCACAUUAGAGAUGGGUCAAGUGGGUGUGUAAGGAACCAAGGGGUGUCCACAUGUAAGAGCGAAGAAGGGUUCGUCAAGUUGGCAAGUGUGAAGGUGCCUGAUACUUCAAUAGCACAUGUAGACAUGAGUUUAAGUUUGAAAGAGUGUGAGCAGGAAUGCUUAAGGAAUUGUUCUUGUACAGCUUACACAAGUGCAGAUGAGAGUGAGGAAGGGAUUGGAUGCUUGACAUGGCAUGGGGACUUGGUCGACAUAAGAACAUUUUCUAAUGAAGGACAAGAUUUAUACAUACGCGUGGAUUCGGUUGUACUAGGUAAUACUUUAAAUUCAUAUGAAUCUAGUGCCUGUCGUGUACCAAGCUUAGAAGACUCUACAAGUAGAAGGAACCAUGAUGGAACUGGAAGAGAUUCAAAUUUGCCAGUAUUUGAUCUAAAAAACAUUAUUGCAGCCACAAAUAAUUUCUCUGUUGCUAACCUACUUGGUAAAGGUGGCUUUGGCUCAGUUUAUAAGGGUUUGCUAAAAAAUGGAAUGGAAAUAGCUGUGAAAAAACUAUCAAAAAACUCAAGACAAGGAAUAGAACAAUUCAAAAAUGAAGUUGUGCUAAUUGCUAAACUCCAACACAGGAACUUGGUGAGAAUUUUAGGUUGUUGUGCUCAAGGAGAAGAGAAGAUGUUAAUUUAUGAGUAUUUGCCAAACAAUAGUUUGGACUCUUAUAUUUUUGAUGAAACAAAAAGGUCAUGGUUAGAUUGGGGAAAAAGAAUUGAGAUUAUUUGUGGAAUUGCUCGAGGGAUCUUAUAUCUUCAUCAAGACUCAAGAUUAAGAAUUAUCCAUAGAGAUUUAAAGGCUAGCAAUGUUUUACUUGACAUUGCAUUGAAUCCAAAAAUUUCAGAUUUUGGUAUGGCUAGAAUCUUUAGAGGGGACCAAAUUGAAGCCAAUACAAAUUGUGUUGUUGGAACAUUGGGUUAUAUGUCACCCAAGUAUGCAAUGCAAGGAUUAUUUUCAAUAAAAUCUGAUGUAUUUAGUUUUGGGGUGUUGCUAUUGGAGAUCAUUACUGGCAAAAGAAACACCAACUAUAAUCAUAAUGGUCCCUCCUCAAAUUUGAUUGGACAUAUUUGGGACCAAUGGAAAGAAGGCAAAGCCAUGGAAAUAGUCGAUCCAUCACUAGGUGAGACAUACCCUGCUAAUGAAGUAUUGAGAUGCAUUCAAAUUGGGCUUCUGUGCGUGCAAGAUCAUGCAACAAAUCGACCAGCCAUGUCGGCAGUUGUUUUCAUGUUGAGUAGUGACACACCCCUUCCUUCACCAAAGCAACCUGCAUUCAUUUUCAAGAGUACCUGCAAUACUAAAGGCCAAACAACUAUUGAAGGAGCUAAUUCUAUAAAUGAAAUAACAAUUACUAAAAUAGAUGGUCGCUAAAGCUAAAG